GUAAUGAAUCUCUUCUGGAAAGAUGGAAGGUUCAAUAGCACAACUUCGUUCAAAAGCUUCUCAUUCUUCAUCACCAUCAUUAUCAGCUUCAUCUGUAGUUGGAUAUGAUGACUGAUAACGAUGAUGAAGAAGAAGAAGAUUCAAUGUGGGUAUAUACUAAUGUUCGAUUUGGGAGCAAUUCAAAUUCGAGGAAUGCAAAAACAAGCUGGAGAUUCUUCAAUAGACCUAAAACUGGAGCUUAUAGCUCAAGAAAAGAUUGAUUGAAAAGCGAGUGGUCAAGAAGUUGAGCAACUUUAUCAUGAAAGCAGUAACAGCAGACAGAAUAGUAAAUGGGUAAUCGAUGUGAAAGAAAAACUAGAAAAGAUGGAUACAUCAAAUGAGGUGGAUCACUGGAAGAAGAAAUGCAUCUACCAGAUACCGGCAUGCGUCAAAGAUCUGAACAAGAAAGCUUACAAGCCGCAAUCGGUGUCUUUCGGUCCCUAUCACCAUGGAGAAGAGCACUUGGUUCAAAUGGAGGAACACAAGCACAGAGCGCUACUCCAUUUCCUCAAGAGAUCUAACAAACCAAUCGAGUCUUAUAUGGAUGCCCUUCAUCGCGUUGGUAAGCAUCUCAUUGAUUCUUAUGAUUGGCUUGACCUCAAGUGGCUCCAACAACGUAAUGAUAAUGAUGAAGCAAAUGAUGACCAUGAUCCGUAUGGUAACUACAACGAACAAUUCUUGCAGCUCAUGAUGCUGGAUGGCUGCUUCAUGCUCGAAGUUUUACGAACUGCCACGGGAACCACUGACGAUUAUGCUUUCAAUGACCCAAUUUUUAGUUACCAUGGUAAGCUUUACAUAAUGCCGUACAUAAGGAGGGAUAUGCUCAUGCUCCAAAACCAACUCCCAAUGCUUCUUUUGGACACUUUACUUGCUGUUGAAACUGGUGGAGCAGGAGGUACUACAACUGGUGGCAAACCAAAGAACGAGGAGUUCCUAAACAGGAUCAUAUCCAAGUUCUGUUCCCCAACCACACCCAUCCACAGCUUGGGGAAAUGUCUACAUGUACUAGACGUGUACAGGAAGAACCUGCUUCAAGAGCCACGAAAGAAACAUCAUCAAACACGUCUUAAGAGUACAGGUGAUUACAGUGAAAGUAGUGGUGAUAUCAUCCGUUCAGCGAUGGAGCUUUACGAGGCUGGAAUACGGUUCAAGACUAGUAAGACCACGAGUCUGAAGGAUAUCUCCUUUCGCGGUGGAGUUCUCAGACUCCCGUUGAUUGUGGUGGAUGACACUACUGAAUCUACUUUUCUUAACUUGAUGGCCUACGAGAGGUUCCAUGUAGGAGCAGGAAAUGAGGUUACUGCUUACAUCUUCUUCAUGGAUAACAUCAUUGAUUCGGCCAAGGAUGUUAGUCUCCUCCACUCCAGCGGGAUAAUACAAAAUGCAGUUGGCAGUGACAAGGCAGUUGCAAAGCUGUUCAACGAGCUGUCCAAGGAUGUGACGCUUGAUCCUGAUAGUAGUCUAGAUAAGGUGCACAAGAAGGUGAAUGACUACUGCAAGAAGAAGUGGAAUGAAUGGCGUGCUAACCUGAUUCAUACCUACUUUAGGAGCCCGUGGGCCAUUCUUUCCGUUGUUGCGGCUCUUUUCCUAAUGGUACUCACCGUCGCUCAGACCUUCUAUUCAGUUUAUGGCUAUUACAAGCCUAGAAACUAACAGGUGCUAACUAGUUUUUUUCUACUUCAAAGCUGAUGAAGACUUUGUUAUUGUGCCAACUGUGUCUUGUUUUGUUUUUCCUAUUGGCAAGCAUUGUGUAUGUCUGUGUUUUAGACUGUGUUGUACUUUGAAAUUUAUGAGAAAAAUGUGCCUGCCUGAGUGCCUGAACACAUUCAGGAUGCUUAGUUGCACUAAA